AUGUGGAUUAUGAUCACAUUUACAGCUCUGCACCACUGUCUACUUGGAGAUGAUGGUGACACCUUAGAGAAAACGUGCAAACUCCUGAUUAACCAGCAUUCUACUCUGUUUAUCCAAAAGAAUUGAUAACUGCUUUUGACCAACUCUCAAUUUUGUUCAAUCAUGUUGUCUCUACCAGCCUAAACCAUUUCCUAAAAUGGUCCUUUUGCUGUUCCUUGCAAUCCUAUUAUUGAAGGAAGAUGUCUGUGGGAACUUCAGGCUUUCGGUUUCUGCACAGGCCAAUGAAAGAAGGGUGGUUGCACACAUGCCUGGUGAUAUUAUCAUUGGAGCUCUGUUCUCUGUCCACCACCAACCAACAGUUGACAAAGUUCAUGAGAGGAAAUGUGGAGAGGUAAGAGAGCAGUAUGGCAUUCAGAGAGUGGAGGCAAUGCUACAUACCCUUGACAGAAUUAAUUUGGACCCAACACUGUUGCCAAAUAUAACACUAGGAUGUGAAAUAAGGGACUCUUGCUGGCAUUCUGCUGUGGCUCUGGAGCAAAGCAUUGAGUUUAUAAGGGACUCUCUUAUUUCAUCGGAAGAAGAGGAAGGGAUGGUGCGAUGUGUAGAUGGAUCUUCAUCAUCUUUCCACUCCAAGAAACCCAUUGUUGGUGUCAUUGGUCCUGGCUCUAGCUCAGUUGCUAUCCAGGUCCAGAACUUAUUGCAGCUUUUCAAUAUACCUCAGAUUGCUUAUUCUGCCACAAGUAUGGACCUAAGCGACAAAACUCUGUUCAAGUAUUUUAUGAGAGUUGUACCAUCAGAUGCACAGCAAGCACGGGCUAUGGUGGACAUUGUCAAGCGCUAUAACUGGACCUAUGUUUCUGCUGUACAUACUGAAGGAAACUAUGGUGAAAGUGGAAUGGAAGCAUUCAAAGACAUGGCAGCCAAGGAAGGGAUCUGCAUUGCACAUUCCUACAAGAUCUAUAGCAAUGCUGGUGAGCAGAGCUUUGACAAGUUACUGCGGAAGCUUCGGAGCCACCUGCCCAAGGCAAGAGUGGUUGCCUGUUUCUGUGAAGGCAUGACUGUGAGAGGGCUCUUAAUGGCUAUGAGGCGCCUGGGACUUGCUGGAGAAUUUUUGCUGCUGGGAAGUGAUGGCUGGGCAGACAGGUACGAUGUGACAGACGGGUAUCAGCGUGAAGCUGUUGGUGGAAUAACAAUCAAGCUCCAGUCUCCUGAUGUUAAAUGGUUUGAUGAUUACUACUUGGAGCUUCGGCCAGAAACCAAUCACCGAAAUCCAUGGUUUCAGGAAUUUUGGCAGCACAGGUUCCAGUGCCGUCUGGAAGGGUUUCCUCAAGAGAAUCCUAAAUACAACAAGACUUGCACAAGCCAGAUGACGCUGAGGACGCAGCACGUUCAGGACUCCAAGAUGGGCUUUGUUAUCAACGCGAUAUACUCAAUGGCUUACGGCCUCCACAACAUGCAGCUGUCGCUGUGUCCAGGCUAUGUGGGCCUUUGUGAUGCCAUGAAACCCAUAGAUGGACGGAAGCUGCUGGAGUCCCUCAUGAAGACCAACUUUACUGGGGUCUCUGGGGACAUGAUCUUGUUUGAUGAGAAUGGUGACUCGCCAGGAAGAUAUGAAAUCAUGAAUUUCAAGAAAAUGGGGAAGGACUACUUUGACUAUAUCAAUGUUGGUAGCUGGGACAACGGUGAGCUGAAAAUGGAUGAUGAUGAAAUAUGGUCAGAGAAAAAUAAUAUCAUCAGAUCUGUCUGCAGUGAACCCUGUGAAAAAGGACAGAUAAAGGUGAUUCGUAAAGGAGAAGUGAGUUGCUGUUGGACAUGCACUCCUUGUAAAGAGAAUGAAUACGUCUUUGAUGAAUACACGUGCAAGGCCUGCCAGCUCGGCUCCUGGCCCAAUGAUGAGCUUACAGGUUGUGACCUCAUACCAGUCCAGUAUCUCAGAUGGGGUGAUCCUGAACCAAUUGCAGCAGUUGUUUUUGCGUGCCUGGGUCUGCUGGCAACCUUGUUUGUUACGGCUAUAUUCAUAAUGUAUCGUGAUACUCCAGUGGUCAAAUCUUCCAGCCGAGAACUUUGCUACAUCAUUCUAGCUGGCAUCUGCUUGGGUUACUUGUGCACUUUCUGUCUCAUCGCAAAACCUCAACAGAUUUACUGUUAUCUUCAACGAAUUGGCAUUGGUCUCUCCCCAGCUAUGAGCUAUUCCGCUUUAGUAACUAAGACCAACCGCAUUGCAAGAAUCCUGGCUGGCAGCAAGAAGAAAAUUUGUACAAAGAAACCUAGAUUCAUGAGUGCCUGUGCCCAACUUGUUAUUGCAUUUAUCUUGAUAUGUAUACAAUUAGGCAUAAUUGUUGCCCUCUUUAUAAUGGAGCCACCUGAUAUAAUGCAUGAUUACCCAAGCAUCCGAGAGGUCUACUUGAUUUGUAACACCACCAACUUGGGUGUUGUAACCCCCCUUGGAUACAAUGGAUUAUUAAUUUUGAGUUGCACCUUUUAUGCAUUUAAGACAAGAAAUGUCCCAGCUAAUUUCAAUGAAGCAAAGUAUAUUGCCUUUACAAUGUAUACCACCUGCAUCAUUUGGCUGGCUUUUGUGCCAAUAUAUUUUGGAAGCAACUACAAGAUAAUCACCAUGUGUUUCUCAGUGAGUCUGAGUGCCACGGUGGCCCUUGGUUGUAUGUUUGUGCCCAAGGUCUACAUCAUCCUUGCUAAGCCUGAAAGGAAUGUACGCAGCGCAUUCACCACAUCGACUGUGGUCCGCAUGCACGUAGGGGAUGGGAAGUCAUCUUCGGCUGCAAGCCGUUCAAGCAGCCUGGUGAACCUGUGGAAAAGAAGGGGAUCAUCUGGUGAAACACUUAGGUACAAAGGCAGGAGACUGGCCCCGCACAAGUCGGAAAUAGAGUGUUUCACCCCAAAAGGGAGUAUGGGGAAUGGUGGGAGAGCUACAAUGACCAGCUCUAAUGGGAAAUCAGUUUCCUGGGCCCAGAAUGAGAAAAGCAGCAGAGGAGCGCACCUUUGGCAGCGGUUGUCAAUCCACAUCAACAAAAAAGAGAACCCCAAUCAAACUGCAGUGAUCAAGCCUUUUUCUAAAAGCACAGAUAGUAGCCGACAUAGUAGCAGUGCUACAUUCCCUGAGACCAGUGCCAAAACGCUUUACGACGUUUCAGAAGCAGAAGAGCAAUACCCUGCUCAGUACCGACCGCAGACUCCCUCGCCUAUCAGCACCGUGAGCCACAGAACUGCCUCAGUUAGCCGAACAGAAGAUGAUGCCCCUACCUUCCAGUCCGAGCCUCCGCAGAGAAGUAGCUCCUCGCAAGGCUCCCUCAUGGAGCAGAUCAGUAGCGUGGUUACUCGCUUUACAGCCAACAUCAGUGAGCUGAACUCUAUGAUGCUUUCAACAGCCACUCCAGGGACAAUGGUGGCCACUCCUCUCUGCUCUUCAUACCUGAUCCCACGAGAAAUCCAACUCCCCACAACAAUGACCACAUUUGCAGAGAUCCAGCCACUUCCUUCCAUUGAAGUCAAUGGCGCUUCCCAGUCAGCUAGGAAACAAUCAAAUGGCAGCAUCAAAGAAGACACUGCAGAGACCCCAUCAGCAAAGCAAGACCUUGAGGAGCUGGUAGCUUUAACUCCUCCUUCUCCUUUUAGAGACUCCAUCGAUUCUGGAAGUGCAUCUCCCAGCUCUCCGGUUUCCGAAUCAGCUCUCUGUAUCCCAUCUUCCCCAAAGUACGACACACUCCUCAUCAGAGAUUACACUCAAAGUUCUUCUUCGCUGUGAAUGUAGUUCAAGACAACUUUGGAUCUCGACGACUACAAGCAAGUAGUGGGGGGACAGCCAAGACUUCAAGAUCUCCAGUGUUUACGCAGAUAGAGGCAUUGGGUCAGCUUGUGAGAAACAGAGCAAGAAGUGGAGUUGCUUGAUCAGUGGAAACAUCAGAUUAAUGAUGCUGUUCUAAAGACAAAAUGACUAUUGGCAGAUUAUCGUGGCCUUAAAAAAACAUGGGCUUUUCAAAAACACUGAAUCUAUUUUUGAGGGCUUAUAAGGAGUCUGUUAAAUCAGUUAUAUACCAAGUGCUUUGCUUUAGUAUUACAACGAACUGUGUGUACAAUAUGUGAAUGGGGGGGAAACAAGAUUGUAAACAACUGUACAAUGGUUUGUUUGUUUACUCUGAUUCCUUACCCAGAAGUGAACCUUGAUCUUUUAUCAAGAAUAGAAGACCAAACAUUGAAUGUACAUUUUCUAAGAGACUCAAAUCUAGGACCAACCUAUCAAGUUUUCUUUCUUUUUUUUUUUUUUUCUAUGAAGAUCUCAAAAAGCAGCAAUGUAUGUUCAAUAACUAUCAGACUUUUUGCUGAAGCAUAUUGUGUCUGUGAUACGUUACACAUGGAUAACACUAAGCUGAGGCUUUGCAGUGAGUGACUGCAAUACGGAGGGCUUUACAAGCGACUUCUCAACCUACACAUUUGUUUAUGAAAUUAUCUUCUACCAAUAUAUUAAAAAAAUCAAUUUGUUAACAUUGGAUUCACCUUCACAGAAACAAAAUCCAAGGAAGAUUUCCUGACUAUUUCACCAUGAUGCCAACUAAUAAUGAAGUAGCAAAAAAAUAUUUUCUGGAGUACUGUUUUGUAAUUCCCUUAUCAGGGCAAGUUGUUGAGGUGAAUAUUCUUUCUAGCAGCACUACCAAGCUAUAUCAUAGCUGCAUUCCCUACUGAAAUUAACACGUUUUUAUGGAUGUUCUUAUGCUAUCAUUGCCAGUUAUAAUAACACUUAUUCGGGCUCCCUUAGUCUUUGCUUGCAAGGAACAGGUAAACACUGUAAGGAUUUUCUCCAUGUUUUCGAAUGACAGUAUUCUAAGUGAUCAAUCUGUAUUAUGAUGAAUGCUAACUGUCAAUGGAAAGGUUGUCAUAAUCAUAAUUUAUAUGUAGAGAAAAAAAAAACUGUGUAAAAAUCUGCUUAGAGGUGGUUUAGCUACUCUUUAAUAAGCAACAAUUUUAACUUUAUUUAGCUGCCGAUGCCUUGCAGCUAUGAACUGUGACAAAGAAAAAAAAAAAAAAAAAGACUUU